AAUAGUCUUAUUCUGUGGACUGUGGAGUGGUGUUUUCUAUUUUUCAAUAAACACAAGCUGAAUUUUAUUCUAUUACGUUUUUACUGUGUUUGUAAUAGUGUUUGUAAUUUGUAUAUUUUAUGGAUUUAAAGACAAUUUGAUCACACAGUUAUUGAUUACUGAAAAUGAAGAUGGCUGAAUCAGUAAAGAAAUUAUUAAAACGAAACAAACCAGGAACAAAAGCAGAGUUCUUUCGUAAAUGGCCUGACGAACCGUUUGAGGAGAUGGAAAGUACAUUGGCUGUUCAAGAGUUUAUUCAGCAACAAAUACGUGUAGAUCCGAGUAAUAUUGACCUUAUAUUGACUCCUCCAGAUUCUCAAGAAGAAGGUGUUUGGAAAUACGAACAUCUCAGGCAGUUUUGUAUGGAAUUAAAUGGGCUAGCGGUUGAAUUGCAAUCUGAAUGUUUACCUGAUACAUGUAGCCAAAUGACAUCCACUGAACAGUGGAUAUUUUUAUGUGCUGCACAUAAAACUCCUAAAGAAUGUCCAGCUAUUGAUUACACCCGUCACACUUUAGAUGGAGCUGCUUGUUUAUUAAACAGCAACAAAUAUUUUCCUAGCAGGGUUAAUAUUAAGGAAUCAUCAGUGGCGAAAUUGGGSUCUGUUUGUCGGCGAGUCUACAGGAUAUUUUCUCAUGCAUACUACCAUCAUCAAAACAUUUAUAAUAAAUUUGAGAAUGAAACAUACUUAUGCCAGAGGUUUACAAAAUUUGUGAUUAAAUACAACUUAAUGGCAAAAGAAAACUUGAUUGUGCCUAUGCCUGAUGCAAUUAUGCAAGGUGUACGGACCGAAGAGGAUGGAACAACAUCAAUUAAAGAGCCAUAACUUAACUCUCCUUAGUACCGC